UCAAGAGACGAGAAAUUAAACGUAAACAAACGAUUCAGCUGAGAAGGUGUUAAUUUUAGGCUUCUUCAGUGCAUAUCAAAUCAUUUCUUCUACCAAGCUCGUAAAAUGUUGGGCUUACAAGCCUACGCCAGCGGAAGCAGUAGCAACAGCAGCAGCAGCAGUGGCAACGAUAGCAGUGACGAUUCCGAGCAAGAGGUUUCCAACCAACCACGUAAGACACCCGAAAGUAGCAAAGCAAAAGCUGCUCCGAAGGAGGAAGAACUAGCACACCUCAAACCUCCGGUCGAUAGUUCCCUAUCCGUUGCAAAAUCUAUGCAGAUUUGUGCCGCGCCGCUAGUGGUUCCGACGGGUCAAGUGGAGGUAUCACGAGUCGUUGCUCCCACGGUAAAAGAACUGGUCUAUAAUCCACGCUAUGAGGAACUGUUUGCUCCCGUUGCCGGACCGGCCAAUCCCUUUCUGACGGAACAGAUGAAAGCUCACAAGAACAUGUUGACCGGGUUUGUGGAAAGUGCACACAUCAGUGACUUUCAGUUCGAGAACCAACGCAAAACUUUUCACAGUUAUGGAUAUGCUUUGGAUCCAUCGGUUGACGCAAAUAGUGGUGGAGUAGUGGAAGGUGGCGAUGAAGGACCAAGCUACGUAGGUCAUUUACAGGCUGCCUACGAUACGGAGGGUAAAACCGUGUUCGAGUCUUCUAAGGCGAAUCGCAACGGAGAUAAACGGAAGCGACUGAAAAAUGAUAAACCUGAAGAUGUUGAGGGUUUUCUUGGACCGUGGGGUAAGUUUGAAGACGAGCAAACAGUGGCACGACCGAGUGAACAGGAACGAGCCGAACUGGAGGAAAUGAUGGCGAAAAAGCAGCGCCGAAAUCGUGUCACCGAGGACAAACCGAUCGAGGAAAAGUCAGUGCUGCACAUCAAGGACUCGGUCGACUACCAAGGCCGCUCGUUUCUGCAUCCUCCGCAUGACGUGGGAGUCAAUCUGCGGAAGGGAGGUGCACCGGAUCGAUGCUUUCUACCGAAGGCUCACAUUCACACCUGGACCGGGCACACUAAGGGAAUUUCUGCGAUCCGGUGGUUUCCCAAAUCUGCGCAUCUUUUACUGUCCUGCAGUAUGGAUGCUCGUGUUAAGCUGUGGGAGGUUUACAACGAAAGGCGUUGCGUGCGUACCUAUUCCGGGCACCGACAGGCCGUUCGGGAUGUCAGCUUUAAUAACCGAGGAGAUCGGUUUGUGUCGGCUGGCUACGAUCGGUAUCUGAAGCUGUGGGAUACCGAAACGGGAGAUGUGAUUUCGCGGUUCAGCUCCCGGAAGAUUCCGUUCUGUGUGAAGUUUCACCCGGAUUACAACAAGCAGCAUCUGUUCGUGGCGGGAACGUCCGACAAGAAGAUUAUUUGUUGGGACACUCGAAGCGGUGACAUCGUCCAGGAGUAUGAUCGGCACUUGGGUGCGGUUAACACAAUUACUUUUGUGGAUGAAAAUCGUCGUUUCGUGACCACGUCCGACGACAAAAGUAUGCGCGUCUGGGAGUGGGACAUCCCGGUCGAUAUGAAGUACAUCGCAGAUCCGACAAUGCAUUCGAUGCCGGCUGUUACGUUGUCGCCGAAUGGGAAGUGGUUGGCUUGUCAGAGCUUGGACAAUAAGAUCGUGAUUUUCUCGGCCAUCAAUCGGUUCAAAAUGAAUCGGAAAAAAUCCUUCACCGGCCACAUGGUGUCCGGGUAUGCGUGUAAUUUGGAUUUUUCACCGGAUAUGAGCUAUCUGGUAUCCGGGGAUGGUGACGGAAAAUGCUACAUUUGGGACUGGAAGACUACGAAGCUGUACAAAAAAUGGCAAGCACACGACAACGUCUGCAUAGCUGCCCUAUGGCACCCACACGAAUCCAGCAAACUGGCGACGGCUGGUUGGGAUGGAUCCAUUAAGUAUUGGGAUUAGAGGGGGCGGGUACGAAUAUCUGUUUUAAAACGGAAACAAAUAAAAAAUAAAAA